AUGCUGCGCUGGUUCCGAACUGCUUGGAGGCUAGUGUUUGGGCUCUUGACUUCAGGUACCACUAUGACCUCUACAUUGGGGUUGGUUUUGCUGACGCUCUAUGUGUCAGCCUGUCUGGGGGUGGAGCUCAUCAGCAAGGACCCAGUCCUACUAUCCCACCCCAGCACAGCUCACAUCGUGGACGACCGGUUCGGUUCACUCCCGAUGACUAUGCUAACCUUGGCGCAGUUUGUGACCUUGGACUCUAUUGCCAACAUCUACGUACCUUUGGUCUACCAGAAGCUGGAUCGUGAGCUGAAGCGACACGUGUUACAGGAGAAGCUCAGGAAAGCAGCGCCAAAGCUAUCCUCAAUGUUCGCGACACUGGACGUCAACCACGAUGGGACAGUGUCGCUGGAUGAGUUCAUGCAGAUGUCCGUGGACGUUUUCCCCCAAGAGCUUUUUGACAACAGCAGCGUGUCGAGCUUGCAGGAAGUGUUCGAAAUUCUCGACAUCAGCGGCAAGGGCUUCCUCUCUCAAUCUGAGUUUGUUGAGGGACUCUUGAACAUGUUCCUCCUUGAUGUGCCGAUUCACACGAUUCAAAUCCUACGGCUCCUGCGCAUCGUUGAGGCUAGGAUAAACGGACUACACGAUGACAUUCGAUGGCUUGGGGACGGCAGCGUGGAAAUGUCGGAGGGAAUCGAAGCUGCCGCCAAAAAGAAGGAGAUAGUCAUAACUAGAAAGGGUCGUCCUUCACGGGAACAAGCUGCUCGCUCCGACAACGUGGAGCCGACGAACCAGGUUUUCACCAACAACAUUGCCAUCAACCAGAUCGUGGCUGAGCAUUUGGUAAAGCAUCUGAAGGGUGGUUUUGUGACGCGCGGCGUCCGCGAGUACACGCGUGCCCAAGUCGAGAUGCCACAUGACACGCUUCAAACGCUCGACAUGGGCCAUCGAAGCUCGUUGAACGCCUCCUUGGAAGACAUACCAGAGCGGCCUGCUUUGUUCCAGCACGAUCAGCCUCCAAAAGACAGAUUUGCGGCAUCUGGAAUGCGAGUUUUGAUGCAGCCGCGCACAUUUGCCGUGCGGAAGCGUGCUCGGAAGAUGCACCAAGAUAGUUCUGUCAUAGCAGAAGACGAGCUUCCGGUAGCAGAUGCGAUUGUGAAGCAGCAGCCAGCUGCAGUGCGGAGCGAUAUCCAGGCGAGCAGCCAUAGGCUUCGCCCCCAUGAAACCUUGCAGGCUGCACGCGCGCACCAGGAGCAGGCGCUACUGAUGAUCAAUGAUGCAAUGCGACAUCUUGAGCAACAGGCUCAUCACAAUGAUCUCCAACAGGCAACCGAGCAGCGUGAGGACGAGUCCCACACUGGAUACGAGGAAUGGGAACUCAGCAGCAGGGACGCGUCUGAAGCGGUUAUUCAUGCUCUCCCACCAGCUGUUGCGCAUCGAUCACAUCGAAAGCGCAAGUCCAACUUUCAGCCGAGAUAUCGGGCCUUGCUGGAUGAGAUGCGAACUGAAAUACUACCUGCGCUUACUCUGAAUCAAGGCUUCAAAAUACUCGUUGUCACGAGCUGCCAGAGGAUAGUGUCAUCGACUUGGUUUGACUACUUACUUGGUGCCAUCAUUGCGGCGAACUCUAUUUGUAUCGGCAUAGAGGCCCAGGCAUCAGUGGAUUCUGUUGACACGGGCUGGAUGGGCAUGCUGGACAUCAUUUUCGUCAUCAUCUAUGUUAUUGAGAUUUCUAUUCGCUUAAUUGCGCAGGGUUGUGGCAGCAGCUUCCGCAGUGGUUGGUUCGUUUUUGACUUUAUUCUCGUGGUGUUGGGCACGAUGAGUGCUGUCAUAGCUCCUCUGUCUGCCAUAGAGAACUUCGCUUUCUUGGAGUCAGUUAUGGUGGUUCGGGCACUUCGUCUGCUGCGACUAAUACGCGCCCUGAGAAUGUUGCGCUACUUUCGUACUGUGUGGCGGCUGGUUUUUGGGCUGCUGACUUCCAUCAACACAAUCGCUUCAACGUUCUGCCUGAUAAUCCUCGUGCUGUACAUCUUUGCAUGUCUGGGCAUUGAGCUCAUCACGAAUGACACUCAGCUCCGGGCACAGCCAGACGUGCGGCAGAUUGUGGAGGAACAUUUCCGUUCUCUUCCUGUGACCAUGCUCACAUUGGCGCAGUUCGUAACGUUGGAUUCUAUUGCUGCAGUUUAUGCUCCUUUGGUAACGCAGAGGCCCUGGCUUGUGUGCUACUUCGGGGCAAUCGUGCUGAUAUUAUCGAUUGCCCUAAUGAAUCUGGUCACCGCCGUUUUGGUCGAAGGAGCUCUGGAAAGCGCGCAGCACGACCGCGAGGCGGCCAAGCACGACCUGCAUCUUCGGCUGUGCGGAAAUGGUCUGGACAGCAAGUCAAAGGUGUUCUUCCAUGAGAGGUUGGAGCUUUUCGAGAUUCUGGACGUCGAUGAUGGCGGGCAGCUAACGCAAGAUGAGUUCAUAGAUGGCUUGGUAAAUAUGUUUCUUCAGGAAAUACCUGCACAUGACAUCCAAGUUCUGAGGGUGCUGCAGUCCUUGCAGCAGCAUGUGCGAAACUUGACCGAAGACAUUCAAAGAAUGAAAGGCGGUCUUGGCAUGUCUUCCUCGGUUUCUCGGUCUACCGCGCCAGCAGAUGUCCAGAACAACAUGGCGCUGACAAAUUUCCAGCGUUACCCGUAG